UACCACGACUUACGACGAAACUGACAUGCCCCAUCUAUCUUCGACGCCCCAGAAAACGAUCUUCCUCAACUCUCUCCGUUCUCGUGCGCGUUCUCCGAAGCCCUCGUCACGGUCGCUGUUCAAAGCGGAUACUGCUUCAGCUUCAACACCGGCACUCUGGCCCCUCCCACUCUCUGCUCCGCACCUGGCCGACCCACAGAGCUCGCCGUCGUCACUUGCACACAAGGCAAGCACCAUCCGCUUGCCGUUCGUGACGAAGGCAAAGUCAAAUCACACCGCCGUUGUCAUUGAGGAACAUGAUCCUUCUCAACCUCACAUCGUGUACAAGGAUCCUGGCAAGAGCAGGGUGUCGCUUUCAUCUAUUAGCAGCCAUACCCGCAGUAAAAAGAAGAAACUGGUCAUAAGUGGUAUUGGGUUCAAUGAUUCAAGGAGACUAGAGGCCGCCACGAGGUGGUGUCAGUCGUUUGGUGAAGUCGACCAAAUUACUAGAAUGCCUAAUGGUGAUUUACAUGUAAAUUUUCGCAAGGCUGAAGUCGCAGACACUGUUUGUCGUGUCCGCGCUAAAGUACAUAUUGCCAGUGUCGGAAGUGUAUACCUGUCAUGGUUUUCUGGAAACAAACGACCCUAAAAAAAUCAAAUACAUACCAACUUUACCCAUCAUCACCCUUUGUAAGUGUACUAUGCAUCCGCACUUUACACCCGCAUUUAAUCGCCACUACCUCUGCCGACGAGUCUGGCACUAAUUUGACAUAUGCACAUAUCUAUGACGACUGUUUGUACCGACCCCUACUAUGUGUACGUGUUCUAGCGCUAUGUCCCUGUCCUGUUUGUGCUUAAUCAUGCUCUCAUGGGCAGGACGACUUUCUAUGACCCUAUUCCAUUUUAUUCUCGCAAUGACUAUUUUACAAAACCCUGCAUAU